AACCAUUCAAACUCGGAAUCUCGUAGCAGUCCUACCGAGGUACGCGGGAGAGCCAGUUUGCGCGCGAAAAGUGACAGAUUCUUUUUCUAAAUUCCCGCCUAUCCAAAAUGGCUGUUACAAGUGCACGACUAGUCAACCUGAAGGAGACGCAUUUUGAACAUGAAAAUGCAAGAAUUAUUAAAUAUACGCUGGCGGACGAGUUGCCAGCUCAGCUGUCCGAGCUGGGACUGCGCUCUCACAAGAUGCCUCAACCAGGAUACACCAUACAAAGAGUGACCGUUGAAGAUAAGCAAAAGGCGUUGGACUUUCUGACCAGAUUUUUCUUCCGUGAUGAACCGAUGAACUCGGCGGUGAACCUACUGGCGACACCAGAGUCACGUUGCGAAGAGUUGGAGGAGUACGCUGCGACUACCCUCGAACAGGAUUGUUCAGUAGCAGCUGUGGAUAGCAACGACGAAUUCGUAGGACUAAUCAUCAACGGAUUCGUUACUCGAGAGGAAGUAGACUACACCGACAAAUCAGAAGACUGCCCAAAUCCAAAGUUCAGGCGGAUCCUGAAAGUACUCGGACAUCUGGACCGCGAAGCCAAAAUCUGGGAGAAACUCCCCGAGACUUGCGACAAAGUCAUGGAAGUGAGGAUCGCAUCAACAGAUUCCGCGUGGAGGGGACGGGGCCUCAUGAGGGUGCUGUGCGAGGAAUCUGAGCGUUUAGCCAAAGAGAUGGGAGCAGGCGCUAUGCGUAUGGACACAACUUCAGCAUUCUCAGCGGCUGCAGCGGAGCGGCUAGGUUAUCGCUCAGUGUAUGAAGUGCCUUACGCCGCAUUGUCAUACGCGCCUCAACCGCCAGCGCCACACUUGCUCGCUAAAGUUUACAUCAAAGAAUUUUAAUGUAUUAUAACAAUCUUUCAACGGUACCUGAAAAAUUGAGGCAUUCCUUAGUACCUACGUUAAUAUCCAAACCAAAUGAAUUGCUGUGCUUUGAAGCACUUUCAAAAGAUAUCCUAAGACGUAGGUACAAAGCUACCUAAUUUCCUUUAAAAGUAUUAAUUGGAGUAAGGAUUUAAAAUAAAAACCCAGUCAACAUGUACCUAGCCACUGAAAUCUAUGUCGUUCAUUAUUAAAAAACAUAUAAAAUUUGUAUUAAAUACUUUGGAAGCUGGACUGUACAAAAUAAAGAAACAGUAAUUUCAAUAUAUAUAAGCUUAAGUCAUAAAGGAAAGAUUUCAUUCAAAAAGAAAUUUAUCUAUUCAUUUCUUAGAUCUGUCUGCAGUAUUAUUUAUCUGUAGCUCUUUACAUUUGCAAUUUAAUAUCUUUGUAGAUAUUUAUAAAAACUACCCAGUGAAUAUUAAUAAAUAUUAGUAUUAUAAACAUUGACUCCGUUAUGACGUUAGUAUUAUAAAAGUUUAAACGAUAAUAACGCCUAAAAAAUCAAAGACGGCAAAGUU